GACAACCGUGUUCUAGUGCUGUUCUAUCAUCAACCAACAACCAUGAACACCGAAUCAGAGAGAGAGCGAUUUCUGAAGGAGUUCGGCGACGACUACGGGUAUCCGAACGCCCCCAAGAAUAUCGACGAGAUCCGAGCCACCGAGUUCAAGAGAUUGGAUGGUGUUGUGUACUUGGAUCAUGCUGGGGCAACUUUAUACUCCGAGUUACAAAUGGAAGCAAUCUUCAAAGAUCUUACUUCUAAUGUCUAUGGGAAUCCUCAUAGCCAAAGCGACUCCAGCUUGGCCACUUCUGAAAUUGUAAGGGAAGCUCGUCAACAGGUUCUUAAUUUCUGUAAUGCAUCCCCAAAAGACUACAAAUGCAUAUUCACUUCUGGGGCAACAGCAGCACUAAAACUUGUCGGUGAGGCUUUCCCUUGGAGCAAUCAAAGCUGUUUUAUGUACUCUAUGGAGAAUCACAAUAGCGUACUUGGGAUAAGAGAAGGAGCUUCGGCUGUUGCAGUAGAUAUUGAAAAGGUUACAUAUCAUGCUGGAGGAUCCGCCGACCCUAUAUCAUCCAUUAAAGUAUUACAACACUCUAUACAAAAAAGAAAUGGAGAUAGAUUCCUUGAAGAGAAGCCUACAGGUAAUGCUUACAACUUAUUUGCCUUUCCGUCGGAGUGCAAUUUCUCAGGUUUGAGACUCGACCUCGACUUGGUGAAGAUUAUCAAGGAAGAUUCCAAAAGAAUUCUGGAAUGCUCUCCACAUUGCAAUGGUAGCUGGAUGGUGUUGAUUGAUGCUGCAAAAGGAUGUGCAACGGAACCACCAGAUUUAUCAAAGUAUCAGGCAGAUUUUGUUGUCAUCUCAUUUUAUAAGCUAUUUGGCUAUCCAACUGGACUUGGAGCUCUCAUUGUUCGAAAUGGAGCUGCCGAGUUACUAGAGAAGACCUACUUUAGUGGAGGCACAGUGGCUGCAUCUAUUGCUGACAUUGACUUUGUUAAAAGAAGAGAAAGUGUUGAGGAGUUCUUUGAGGAUGGCACCAUUUCAUUCUUGAGUAUAGCAUCCCUUCAUCAUGGGUUCAGAAUACUCAAUACUUUAUCCAUAUCUGCUAUAUCCCGGCAUACAACGUCACUUGCCACAUAUGUGAGGAAUGUGCUUUUGGCGUUAAGACAUGAAAAUGGGGACAGUGUUUGCACAAUUUAUGGAGUACCUAACUCAAAGGUCUCACGUAAUGAGUUGGGUACCAUAGUUUCAUUCAACUUGAGAAGGCCAGAUAGUUCUUGGUUUGGUUACCGCGAAGUUGAAAAAUUGGCUUCUUUAUCUGGAAUUCAGCUACGGACAGGAUGUUUUUGCAAUCCUGGUGCAUGUGCAAAGUAUCUUGAUUUGUCUCACUUGGAUCUCCUUUCGAAUAUUGAGGCUGGGCAUAUUUGUUGGGAUGAUAACGAUAUACUGCAUGGAAAACCGACCGGAGCUGUUAGAGUAUCUUUUGGUUAUAUGUCAACCUUCGAAGAUGCCAUGAAAUUUAUAAACUUCAUAGUGGGCUCCUUUGUAUCAUUGCCAACUCAUUCUGGACAUUUAUAUUCGUUGAGAGCAAGAUCCAUUCAUUAUCCAACAGAAGGUCCUGAAGGAGCAACUACAAGAUACUAUCUUAGGUCUAUUACCAUCUAUCCAAUAAAGUCAUGUGCAGGGUUCAGUGUGGAUAGUUGGCCUUUAUGCAGUACUGGCUUUCUGCAUGAUCGAGAAUGGCUUCUCAAAAGCCUGAAUGGUGAAAUUCUUACACAGAAGAAGGUUCCAGAAAUGUGCUUUAUUAGUACAUCUAUUGACCUCAAUUUGGGAAUAUUAUUUGUGGAAUCACCACGUUGCAAAGUGAAACUGCAGAUUAAACUUGAAUUAGAUUCAUAUGUAGCUGGGAGAGAUGCCAUGGAUCUACUUGCCCAGAGCUAUGAAGUCCAGGGUUCUGGUGAUGAAGUUGACAUUUGGUUUAGCAAUGCUGUUGGUCGACCUUGUACUUUGUUACGAUGCUCUGGUUUAAAUAAUUACUUCUGCUUGAAGAAGAGCAGAGGUGUCGGCAUGUGCAGAGAUGAUGAGACUAAAUUGAAUUUUGUCAAUGAAGCUCCGUUUCUGCUAAUAUCUGAGGAAAGUGUAUCUGACCUCAACAACAGAUUAAGCUCCACAGAUGUACAGAUAGGCCCUCAUAGACCUCCCACUCAAGUCAAUCCGAUGAGAUUCCGUCCCAACAUUGUUAUAUCUGGUGGUGAACCGUAUGCAGAAGACGAAUGGAGAAGUCUUAAAAUUGGAAAAGAUUUUUUCAGGUCCCUAGGUGGAUGCAACCGUUGCCAGAUGAUCAAUCUCAAUUUUCAAGCAGGAGAGGUGCAGAGGUCAAAUGAACCUUUGGCUACUUUAGCAUCGUACAGGAGAGUGAAGGGGAAGAUUUUCUUUGGGAUACUGUUGAGAUAUGAGAGCAGCAAUAAAGUGGGAACGGGUACAGACUCAUGGCUUCGAGUGGGACAGGAAUUGCAUCCGAAUUCCGACCCACCCUGAGGAAAUAUUACAAGUGCCCGUUUUAUAGAAUUAAUUACAUUUAUCCAUACACAAGAUACCAUGCUGAAGAAGGAAGACAGUGUGGAUAUUCUUUUGUUAAAAGCAUUAUUUUUGGUUGUUCAGUUGGUCUCCUGCUGUUCAAAUCAGGCUUGUAGUGAUGCUAUACGAACCUCAUCUUUAUUCUUUUGUAUUUGUUAUCAUAUUUUAGCUGUAUUUGUUUUUUUCUAUUUGGGACCAUUUGAAAGUUAUGGAAAGGCUGUCACUGUGAAUUAAUACAAUGAUAACCUUUGCUGGGUUAUGAUUC